UCCAAAAAGCAUUGCUAUACAGCUAUGGUCAGUUAACGAAAAUGGCCAAAAAUGAACGACAAAAGCAAAUUUUUGAGUUGCUUGAGGAAUUAACAGCGAUUGAGGAAGCGAUUGAAGCCGAUGAGCGAUUUAGCGUCGAAGAUUUGACAGCGGCACCAGCAGGAAUGGAUGGCUUGAAGAGUAUUAGUUCAGUUCGAUGGAAUUGCAUUUACAAAGUCUGUCAUGCUCAUUUUCAUAAUUCAGCUAUCGUCAAGAAAUGUCUUGAACAUCAUGCAGCGUAUGAAUUGAUUUUAUCACGCUCAGAACUUGCAUUGCUAGGACGAAUCGUCGAAGUGCUCGAAGUGUUCAAUACUUUCACCAAAUACGUACAAGGGAACAGUUACCCUACGUUAAAUUCACUUAUUUUGUUCUAUGUGGAAAUCAAGGGAAAUUUAGAACAAAUCCAACGUGAGAAUAUGUGUGAAGUUAUUAACAAAGUAGUCAACAUUCUCCUGAAAAAUCUGGACCAUCGUUUCCAGUUGACGGAUGCAUGUAUUGCUGCUGCUAUUUUGGACCCUUCGAGUCAACACCUGCCAUUAAUACAAUCGUGGCUUCGCGAUAAAGACCUUUCAAGAGAAGAUCUGCUUCAUCGAAUGGUUGAUCAGCUCAAGAUUAAGCUGCCAAGUGCAAGCAACCCACAUGACGAGAGCGAGCAUCCACCGGACAACGUUCAGAGUCGACACAUGAGUCUGCGUGAAAAACUUUUGUCUCGUCAUGUGCCAAUCCAUAGAGCCGGACUAGAUAAUUCAAUUGAAGGCGAAUUAUUGCGAUUUCAAGACAUCCGAGAAAUCUUCGAUGAUGUGCUGGAUUUUUGGAGAAAAUUUGCUGACAACUAUCCAAAUUUAGCUGCGAUAGCUAAAGUUUUAUUUAGCAUCCAAGCAACAACGGCAACGGCCGAAAGUUCAUUCUCAUUCGCUGGUUCCGUAAUCAGAAGUCGCCGUGCAACCAUCGACCCAUACAGAGUCGAAAAAGUGUUAUUCAUUCAUGACAAUUACGAUCUAUUUCAAUUGUAACUUUUUCAAUUGUAGUUGUACAAAUUACUUUUAAGCAGAGCAUAAAUAAUACUAUCAAGUAUUUUCUUUGAAAAAAUAAUGUAGUCAAUGUGACUGUGAUCCAAACAAUGUAGUGAAAAAUAAAUAGUAUAUCGGUUGGAAUAAAUACUUUAUUUUGGGAUUUGCUCACCGCAUGAAACAUACUCUACUUUUUCCAAAAUCAAUACAUCCAUACAUCCAAAGCACGUUAAACUAGGUUCGAGCAAGUAAUGGAGUAGA